GUAGAGCAUCAGUUUGCAGGAACAACAGCAACAACUCAUCUACAGCCAACAUGAGCACCGACAUGGGCAUGAGAGGAAAGAUCAUCUUCUACGAAGACAGGAACUUCAUGGGACGUUCCUAUGAAUGCAUGAGCGACUUCUCCGACAUGUCCUCCUACCUGAGCAGGUGUCACUCCUGCAGGGUGGAGAGCGGCUGCUUCAUGGUCUACGACCGUCCCAACUACAUGGGGAACCAGUACUUCAUGAGGAGGGGCGAGUACGCCGACUACAUGAGCAUGUUUGGUAUGAGUGACUGCAUCAGGUCCUGCCGCAUGAUCCCCAUGCACAGAGGAUCCUACAGGAUGAGGAUCUAUGAGAGGGAGAACUUCGGAGGUCAGAUGUACGAGAUGAUGGACGACUGCGACAACAUCAUGGACCGAUACCGCAUGAACAACUGCAUGUCCUGCAACGUGAUGGACGGCCACUGGCUGAUGUACGAGCAGCCCCACUACAGAGGCAGGAUGAUGUACAUGAGGCCCGGGGAGUACCGGAGCUUCAUGAAUAUGGGCUGGAGCGGCAUGAGGUUCAUGAGCAUGAGGCGCAUCAUGGACUCCUGGUAUUAAAUGUUGAAAUCCUAAUGCCAAAAACAAUAAAACUGCUCUAAUCUA